AUGGGCUUCGGGGUAAUUUCAAUCCUCUGGCCAGGAGGUAAAGUCCCAUACGAGAUAUCACCGGGUUAUACCUCUCAAGAACUAAGUGACAUCCAGUAUGCGAUGGAUGCAUUUCACAAGCACACAUGCAUAAAAUUUCAGCCGCGAGCUCCAUCUGAUAUGUGUUAUGGCGACGUCGGCCGGCAAACAUCGGCUUAUUUUCGUACACCCGAAGGCAAGUUCAGAACGCGGAUGAACAUGCAUUCUAGUUGCCUGAAUCGACCUAAUUGGAUUCAUGAAUUAAUGCACACUAUCGGCUUUCACCACGAACAUCAGAGAGAGGAUCGCGAUCCACGUGUAACCGCAGGCCCACGAAGCCCAGAUGCGAGAUACGAUUACUGGAAUCGUGUCGUUUACCCGAGAACUUAUGCGCACUACAUGGGUAAUUACGAUCCGGAGUCGAUUAUGCACUACCCAGCACCUGGUUUCAAACCCUACCAAAGGAAAUACUUUUCUCAAUCGGACAUCGAUAACAUCAAAAAAUUGUAUAGGUGCUAA